UGUGGCGGAACAUGCAACAGGUAGUUCUGAAACCCAGGUGUUUGCUUUCUCCCUCCCAAACAGCUUUCGCGCUGAAACCGUCGUGUUGACGAUAAAACGCCAAAUGCUUACUCCUAGCAACCAUUCAUACAAAUUGUUUAUUUUCUAGUACAUUCUCUCCAGUCAAUUUUCUUAGCGUUUAAAUUUUCCUCAGCAAAUUCAGUAUUCCCAACCGACCAAAGACUGAAAUCCCACCGCCGCCACAAUGGAUGAUCUUCCGAAACUGCCGGGUAAUGAUUUUGCCAACCGGCUUCGCCAGAAACACCACGUUCCGCAGUGCUUCAAAUACCUCAACGGCUACCCCAUCCCGGUGAAACCGAUCUGCGGCCUCGGCGGUGAACAACUGAACGAAGAUUCCAUCUACUACUGCACGGACGAAACGGAUGCCGUCCUGUACGAUCCGAUUCUGACCUAUGGACGGCUGCGGAAGCUCCCGGCCAAACCAUACCGUCCGCACUUUGUCCUGUACGACCAGAAAACGCUCAAGUUCAACGCGUUCUUCCGCCAAGCGGUGCCGGAAUCGCCCAAGGAAACUUUCCGCAUUCGGUACGUGAACAUCUUGUACUUCCUAGAGGACGAUACCAUGACCGUGUUGGAACCGGUCAUCGAAAACUGUGGCUAUCCGCAAGGCCGCCUCGUCAGGCGUGGUCGAAUUCUGAAGAACUGUCUCGGCGAACCGUACAGCUGGAAGGAUUUGAACAUCGGAAUCGACCUGGAGAUUCACGGGUACGUGUUCCACGUCACCGAUUGCGACCCGUUCACGAAGGAGUUCCUGCUGAGCAACGGGAUCGAGCUGAAUGAGAUGGAAUUUCCGCCGCCGGAUCCGGCCAUGAACGAGCGGUCGAUCAGCGAGAGGCAGAACUUCAAGCACCACAAGAUGUAUCCGGUGCCUCAGGAUAAGCUGCGGAAGUAUCUGGAGUACCAGGGGAAGGUGCUGCACUUCGACUGUCUUCUGGAUGAACCGGACCAGCCCGGAGGGGAGCGAAUGACCUAUAAGUUGUUUUACUUCCUAGAAGAUGAUACCGUGUCGAUCAAGGAGCUGAAGGAGAACCAGGAGGGUCGCGACUAUUUCCCGAUGUUGCUCAGGAAACAGAAACUGCCGAAGAGCUGGAAGGACCUACCGGUUACCUACCCUUCGAUCAGCAUGGAGCUAUCCGAUCACGAAGUGUCCGAGUACUACUCCCCCAGAGAUUUGCUGGUCGGUGGAACAAUUUUCGUGUUUGGACGGAAGUUCCUCUUGCUAGACUGUGACCGCUUUACCCGGAGUUACUACGAGAAGGUGCUGAAAAUGGUCCAACCUGAUGCGGUCGAACUUGGUAAUCGCGAAGAUCGAAUCCCACGCAAGGAACUGCCCACCUAUCUGGGACUGGGGACUCCGGAGGAUUCUAUCGCAUCGCACCACAGCCUGGUUCCGAAGAGUCCCCGUAAGGACGUGGUCACCUAUCUGGUAAACAUGAAUAAGUUCCUCCGGUAUGGGUGCGUUCUGGACAACGCCCACCCGGAAGAUUCCAUUCGUCGUUUUGUGCUGAGUUUGUCGUUGGCAGACGGGACCAUUUCGAUCAUGGAAUCAACGAUCCGAAAUUCGGGAAUUCGAGGAGGUCGAUUUUUGUCUCCCAAGAAAGUUUGGAAACCGGACUGCAAUCCGGAUGCUCCGGAAUACUAUACGGCGAAGGACUUCUUCAUCGGGGCAAUUAUUAUUGUGUUCUCGCAUCGAUUUAGGAUCGUUAGCACCGACCUUUACGUGUAUAGGUACAUGCAAGCUCACCCGGAGAUGUUUGCCAGCAAUGCCAUCGAAACCGUUAGAAACUAUCUGUUGGCCGAGGGCCACCUCAAGGACGACCUGCGACAAGCAGUGGAAGACGACUACCAACGAUAUGGACCUCCACCUGAACCCGCGCCAGAGCCUAACGACGACAAGGGCGUUGGCGAAGUGGACAAACGACUGCAGGAUUUCAAGCUGAACGAAAGCAAAAUGACGGAUGACACACCUCUGGCCACGCUGAGGGUGCAAUCCGACAGCCACCCAUGUCCAUCUCCGAUCAUCCCGGACGAGGAAAUCAAGAAAACCUAUCACUCGCACGAGCACAUGGACCUCUCGCUUCAAGGACAAAUCGAAGGCGAGGACGUGAUCAAAGUGGGCAAAUCGGUUCGCUUCGAAGAUGGCUGCUAACCGACCACAUUCAGAGAAAGAGAUAAGGGAUUUCUACCUACUUUCUAAUCAAGGGGUACUCACCGAAUUUUAGGACACGGACGCGUCGUCAAAUUUAAGGACGAAAAACUGUUCACGAUUGCACACCAGAAAAUGGCUUCGACUUGAUUUAAGCACUUGAAUGUUUGUUCGCUUGCGUUGAGCAUAAAAAGCACUAAAUUCACCGUUUUUCAACCGAAUUGACACACGUGUAACUUUAUUUAAC